UUUGAGUUUAUCGUUUCUCGGCCUAGCAACUAGCAAGUACUCGUAUGCUCGUAGCAACUACUCCGCUACUGUUGCUUGCAAAACCCUAGAAUUUUCGAUUAGGGUUUCCCAAUUCCCACAUCAAAUCAUCGAAGAUGACGCAGAAGGCAAAUUUGUUUAAAGGGCAGCAAAAGAAGAAGAACAUUCCUCCCAAUCGCCAUGGCAAAGCUUCUCAAACUCGCAAAGGAAAGAGAGUAAUUAAACCAUCAAAAACAUCCAAAGACAUGGAUGAUAAUCGGGAGGUAACUAAGUUCAUAAACAACUGCAAUGAAAUAAAAGCAGCCACAGUGGCUUGCAAGGAUGGCGGACAUCUUAGCAUUGUUAAGACGACUAAAGAACCGUCAAGCGCUGCACAGAAGUAGGUUAGCUAACCCUAAUCAUGAUUAUGAUGCAUGAAACUAUAUUCGCCAGUGUUGAAGAUCUAAAUUCUAGAAACAAAUUUUAGGAGCAAUACCAACUUAUAGCGCUGGUUGCUAUCUUUAGUAGAUUCAUUAUCAUUCCAGUUAAUUAUGAAGGUUCAAAGAACUUUUGUAUUUUUCCUUUAUACUACUUGGUCAUUUUAAAGCAUUUUGGCCCAUUUGUCCUUAUUAAAUAGUAGAAUUGAUAAUAAAAGAUUAAUGUAAUUUUAAUUGGAAAAUUAUGUGACAAAUUCAAUGGUUCAUUUAAGUUUAGUAGUCACGUUUAUUUCA